UUUUGAAACGUCAAUUUAGAAAAAAUGGGUGAACGUUAUUAUCUUAAUCCUUAUCCUGAUUAUAAUGAUGAUACUUUACUAACCGAUAAUGAUGAUGAAUCUGCAUUGCUUAUUCCAUCAUUGCAUACAGUUUUUAUUGAUCAUAUUCGACUAUUACUUUGCGAAUUGGAAAUCAAUUUAAUGUCAUUAUCAUCAGAUAAUUUUACAAUCUAUACUGGAUCAACUGGAAUCAUUUUAUUAUAUUUAAAAUUAUAUGAAUUAAAUGCAUUUGAAAAUGAACGACAAGAUAUACUAAGCAAAGUCAAUGGAUUGGUUGAACAAAGUUUGGAAAACAUCGGUCGCCAUUCUAAAGAACGAUAUUCAGCAUUUCUUUGUGGAAAAAUUGGCGUUUUAGCUUGCAAAGUACUUAGCAAUCAUGCAAAUAAAAAAGAUUCAACAAAAUAUUUGCGAAUAAUUCGUGAUUUAGCACCGAAAAUACUAUCAUCUGAUGAUGUACCCGAUGAAAUUCUUUUCGGACGUUCCGGUUAUCUUUAUUCAUUAUUAAUGUUGAGAGAAAAAAUUCCCAAUUCAGCUCAAAUACUUGAUAAUAAUCUAAUUAGAUCGGUAGUGGAAAAAAUUCUUGAAUCUGGUCAACUAACAUCUCGAAAAGAAAAGAAUCCCAUUGCUCCUUUAGUUUAUUAUUGGCAUGAAAAAGGAUAUGUUGGUGCUGCACAUGGUUAUGCUGGUAUUCUUUACAUGUUGCUUGAAGCCAGAAAUUAUCUCGACAAUGAUAAACAAGAAUUGAAUACAAUGAUCAAACCCACAAUCGAUUCGAUUCUUCGGUUACAAUUUCCUGUUACGGGAAAUUUUCCAUCAUCAUUGAAUAAUACCCAAGAUCGAUUGGUACAUUGGUGUCAUGGAUCACCCGGUAUCAUUCAUUUGUUAUUAUUAUCAUAUGAAAUAUUCAACGAUCAAUCAUAUUUAGAUGCAGCCAAAAAAGCUGCUGAUGAUAUUUGGCAACGAGGAUUAUUGAAAAAAGGUUGUGGAUUAUGUCAUGGAACGGCUGGUAAUGGUUAUGCAUUUUUACGUUUAUUUCAAUCGACAAACGAUCAAAAAUAUCUUUAUCGUGCUUGCAAAUUUGCCGAAUGGUGUUUUCAACCUAAUCAACAUCGAACUAGAAUUGCUGAUAGACCAUAUUCAUUGUUUGAAGGUUUAGCUGGUACAAUUUAUUUUCUUGCCGAUUGUAUUCAACCAAAACAAGCCCGAUUUCCUGCAUUUCAAAUUUAAUUUCAUUUAUGGUUGUCAAAAUUUUUUUUCGCGUUCGAUCAGCUGAUCUGCUAAACAAAUAUUUAAGUCUUCACUGUGUGUGUGUUGUUUCGUUGUUCAUUGUUCAAUGUUUUCAG